AUGCAAAGGUUGCUGCUGCUGCAAAAGCAACAACACUUGCUGCACCCACUGCCGCACCGAUCACGGAAGCAGCAGCAGCAGCAGCAGCAGCAGCAGCGCAGCAGCAAACGCAGCACCAAACACGUCGCCAGCAGCAGCAGCACCACCACCAAACCCAUCACCAGCAGCACCAAACCCAUCACAAACACCCCCAGCAGCAGCAGCAUUGCAGCAGCAGCAGCACUGCAGCAGCAGCAUUGCAGCAGCAGCAGUGCAGCAGUAGCAGCAGCAGCAUUGCAGCAGCAGGAGCAUUGCAGCAGCAGCCCUGCAGCAGCAGCAUUGCAGCAGCAGCAUUGCAGCAGCAGCAAUGCAGCAGCAGCAGCAGCAACAUUGCAGCAGCAGCAAUGCAGCAGCAGCAGCAGCAGCAGCAGCAGCAGCAGCAGCAGCAGCAGCAGACCAGAUCCAGUUUCCGCAAUGCCGAUGAGGUCGCGCAUUUCGAGGGCGAUGGGAAUGGCCUGCAUUUGA